GGCACUUCCGGUGUCCAGGUGCUCGGCUCCCGGCAGGAAGGAAAAGAUGGAGCCUUGCGCCUUGGCCCGCGCUCGAGCCCUCUCCUGGCUGCUGCUCCUGCUGCUCGGCUCGGUCUGCGCCAGCGGGCCCCGCACGCUCGUGCUGCUGGACAACCUCAACCUGCGGGAGACCCACUCGCUUUUCUUCCGGAGCCUGAGGGACCGGGGCUUUGAACUCACGUUCAAGACCGCCGAUGACCCCAGCCUGUCUCUCAUCAAGUAUGGGGAGUUCCUCUACGACAAUCUCAUCAUCUUCUCCCCCUCGGUAGAAGACUUCGGAGGCAACAUCAAUGUGGAGACCAUCAGCACCUUCAUCGACGGUGGAGGCAGUGUCCUGGUAGCCGCCAGCUCCGACAUUGGCGACCCUCUUCGGGAGCUGGGUAGCGAGUGCGGAAUUGAGUUUGAUGAAGAGAAAACAGCCGUCAUUGAUCAUCACAACUAUGAUGUCUCAGACCUUGGCCAGCACACGCUCAUCGUAGCGGACACAGAGAACCUACUGAAGGCCCCGACCAUUGUUGGGAAGUCAUCUCUAAACCCCAUCCUCUUCCGAGGAGUUGGGAUGGUGGCAGAUCCCGACAAUCCUCUGGUUUUGGACAUCCUCACGGGCUCCUCAACCUCUUAUUCCUUCUUUCCAGACAAACCCAUCACCCAGUACCCCCACGCAGUGGGGAAGAACACGCUCCUCAUUGCUGGCCUCCAGGCCAGGAACAAUGCCCGGGUCAUCUUCAGCGGCUCCCUGGACUUCUUUAGUGAUGCCUUCUUCAACUCCGCCGUGCAGAAGGCCUCACCUGGUGCCCAGAGGUAUUCCCAGACAGGCAACUACGAGCUCGCUGUGGCCUUGUCUCGCUGGGUGUUUAAGGAGGAGGGCGUCCUCCGCGUGGGGCCCGUGUCCCAUCAUCGUGUGGGCGAGAAAGCCCCCCCCAAUGCCUACACUGUUACGGACCUAGUGGAGUAUAGCAUCGUGAUCGAGCAACUCUCCAAUGGCAAGUGGGUCCCCUUUGAUGGCGAUGACAUUCAGCUGGAGUUUGUCCGCAUUGAUCCUUUUGUGAGGACCUUCUUGAAGAGGAAAGGUGGAAAAUACAGUGUCCAGUUCAAGUUGCCGGAUGUGUAUGGUGUAUUCCAGUUCAAAGUAGAUUACAACCGGCUUGGCUACACACACCUGUACUCCUCCACACAGGUGUCAGUGAGGCCGCUCCAGCACACGCAGUAUGAGCGCUUCAUCCCUUCAGCCUACCCCUACUAUGCCAGCGCCUUCUCCAUGAUGGCUGGGCUCUUCAUCUUCAGCAUCGUCUUCUUACACAUGAAGGAGAAGGAGAAGUCUGACUGAGGGCUGGAGGCCAGGACGCCACACAGCAGAGUGACACAUGAUUUCAUCAGGGCAAGAUGGUUUUUUGUUUUGUUUUUUAAGUUGUGGUGGGGAACACAGCAUUGAGUACCAAGGGUGGGGGCUGGGAGAUCAUUUUUAUGUAUGUUUUUCCACCUUGAAUUUCUACAUGGCAUUUUUCACAUGUGCAGUCACUUCCUUUUCUAAUCUAAAAUAAAGAGAAAUGCUGGCCCUGUCAGGUGGUCAGGUGGGGA